GACAGACCAGAAGGGUGGAGAGGAGCCAAACACCACCCGGGCUCUCUUGACACAGCGUGACAGCGUCACAGAAGAAACCCCACUAUCUUUAUUCAUUCAAGACAAUUACAUGGAAUGUGGAUGAGGAAACUUUGGCGAGAAACAUUCUCUGCAACAUCACUUUCUGGACAAACACCUUGGGACAAAGAUCUGCACUGCCAGGCCCAAAGCAAGCAAGUCCCUGUGUGGAAAAUGUGUGUGUGAGAGUGUGUAUGUUGAGACUGCUGUGUGCCUUUGACUCAGGAAACGCCUCCCUGUGAAAGAACCUGCCUCACUUCACAAUGAAAGCCGUCGCUCUGCUCUGUUUCCUGAUGGUAGUGGAGGUCGGGGCCUCUCGGUUCAUUCGGGACACCCCCAAUGUGCCUGACACUGAUGUCUUCAAGACUAAUGCUUCCAUGCAGAGCCUACCCUCACAACCGGUCCGGCCGAGGGGAUCCUUCCCCCCCAUGUGUAUAAAGCCCACAGAGAUUAAGCACGCCUUCAAGUAUGUGAACACCAUUGUGUCCUGCUUGAUCUUUGUGGUCGGGAUCAUUGGCAACUCAACACUGCUAAGGAUCAUAUACAAGAACAAGUGCAUGAGGAAUGGACCCAACGUCCUGAUUGGCAGCCUGGCACUGGGAGACCUUCUUUAUAUUGUCAUUGCAAUCCCCAUCAAUGUGUAUAAGCUAAUAGCAGAGGACUGGCCCUUUGGGGUGUACGUCUGCAAGAUGAUGCCAUUCAUCCAAAAGGCUUCAGUGGGCAUUACUGUCCUCAGCCUUUGUGCCUUGAGUAUUGACAGGUACCACGCAGUGACAUCAUGGAGCAGAGUAAAGGGAAUGGGAAUCCCUGUGUGGAAAGCUGUGGAGGUGGCGCUGAUUUGGGUGAUUGCUGUGCUGUUGGCAGUCCCUGAGGCCUUGGCGUUUGACAUGCUGGAGAUGCCAUACAGAGGCAACAAACUGCGUGUGUGUCUGCUGCAUCCGCAGCAGAGCUCCAACUUUAUCAAGUUCUAUCAGGAUGUAAAAGACUGGUGGCUGUUCGGAUUCUACUUUUGCCUGCCACUCGCCUGCACAGGAAUUUUCUACACCCUCAUGUCCUGCGAGAUGCUGAGUCUCAAGAAAGGCAUGCGGGUCGCACUCAACGACCACAUGAAACAGAGGAGAGAAGUGGCAAAAACGGUGUUCUGCCUUGUGCUGAUUUUCGCUCUCUGCUGGUUGCCACUUCACCUCAGUCGUAUUCUGAAGAAAACGGUUUAUGACCAAAAUGACCCCAACCGCUGUGAACUCCUCAGCUUCCUGUUAGUGAUGGAUUACAUCGGCAUCAACAUGGCUUCAUUAAACUCCUGCAUCAACCCUAUUGCCCUCUACUUUGUCAGCCAGAAGUUCAAAAACUGCUUCCAGUCUUGCCUGUGCUGCUGGUGCUAUGGAACGUCUCCUUUGGAUGAACGAGGAUCAGGGACAGGAUGGAAGGGCUCCUGCCACGUCAACGGACUAGACCGCUCCAGCUCCCGUUCCAGUCAGAAAUACACCAGCUCUUCGUAAACACACACACGUAUGCACUUCAUUUCCUCCCAACGCCCUUCUUCCCAUCAGCACUGACAAUGGCUGGGAUGUCAGAUCCAGUGAAGCUCGGUAUAAGUCUUCAAAGUUUUCAACAAGACUCACAGUGCACUGAAAGACACAGAAGGAUCAGCCAAAACUGAUGAAUGAGAGACUGUCCCAGCAGACGGACGACACUAAGGCUACAUUACAACGGAGCUCAGUGGAUGCUAAGUCUGUCUGUGUAAUAUUAUUUCCAUCCAAAUUACAGCCUUCUAUAAAAUAUAUGCUGUAUAUUUAGCUUUAGCAAUGGUUGAAGCUUCAAUACCUCGGAGAGAAAGACAGGAGGCAACAUACGUAUUGCCCCGAGUUAGAUGAUCACCAUCAGCAGAAUAUCCGAAAAGCCUAAUGCCCACGUGCCUUGAUAAGGUCUUACCGGAGAAAAUGUAGAGAGCUGCUGUCAUGCUGCUUUAAGUAACGUGAAAUUGACAUAUAUCACAUCAUUGCCAUUUUGUUACGUGGUGUGUUGUUUUGUUUAUGCUGCAUGUUACAGGAAGCUUGUUUUCCAACUGUGGAAAAAAAACACACAUAACCACAUGACCACACCACAUAAGGUCUUUUCUUUGGCAAGUCAACGGCUGGUUCUUCUGUGGUGAUCAGUCUGUUUCUGUCUUUAUACCUCCUUAUGAAGCAUAUUUUUAUACAUUAGUAUUUCAUAAUUCUGUCAUAACCAGUGCGUCAACUGGAAGUUUAAGAUGUCCUGGAUUUCCAAGGAGACGUAUAUGAUAUCAUAAUGUGAAUGAUAAUAUCUACAGAUGUAGCGAGACCUUCCUGCAAGUGCUGAACAUACACUGCGUGGACAAAAGUAUUACAGCACUUAGCCCAGGAUCUAUUAACUAUAACAGCUUCCACUCUUCUGGGAGAUACCACUGUUGUGAUUCACAGUCUGCUUGUACGGACCUUACUUUGUGCACGGGAGCACAUGCUGGAGCAGGAAAGGAAGCAAUAAUCAAAGGCCUACUGAUUAAUUCACCAUUUGAAGAGGUUUUAGUGCAACUGGUGUAUCAAGUGUUCAAAAUGUGAUUAAUCAUAAGUGCAGUUUGUACUUGAAUGUGACUGGCGGUCUGACCUACAGCAGACUUUUCCACAGUGCAACUCAUUGUAUAGCCAUAGUAAUCACAUUUGGAGAAACAUAUAAGCUUUGCUUGCUUUCAAGAACAAAAAAAGUGAUUGAAUCAAAAGUAUUUAAUGGUGACUGCUUUUGGCACAUGUUGUUGUGGAAGCAUCUGAUGAAUGUGUAUCAUCUAGUGAGAUAUUAUGCUGUCAUUUUGUCUGUUUACCUCCAUUAUUGAGCAAAUGCAUUUCUCACACAUUUGUCAUGAAAAUUGUUCUUGCUGGAUCAGCUGAUAACGCAAAAUGUGACUCAUCAACUCAAUUUCAUAGCAAAUCCACAGCAGUGCAGUGUGCAAGAAAGUUUCAAGCAGCUUUGCAAGCUACAUUUCUGAGGGAGAAAGAAAGACAAAAGCAAAUUUCAAUGUCAAUAUUGAUACGCAUUUAGAUUGUAUGUAUUUAUAAACAGUAUACAGUAAUAAAUAUUAUUUUAUAUCA